AUGUCCGGCACCGACUACAAUUACGAUGAGCAGGGCCAGUUCUUCCCCUACUUCAUCCUCACGGUCACCACACUCGUCACCGUCCCCACCACAAUAUCAUUUCUGAGACCCAGCAAAGAACUCGAGAACACUGGAGCGCGCAUAGAGUCUGACUUCACUCCCGAACAUGCAGAUCUCAUCCAAGGACAGCGAAAGAAGCAGAAGCGCAUGGAAAGGAGGAUCAAGCGUGGUCUCGUCAUGGUGGGCGGUUGGGCACUGAAUGCUGCAAUGGUCUACCUCAUUCUGGUCACUGCAAGGACGACGCCUGACAUUUGGGACCCAUACGCGGUUCUCGGUGUAUCAAGGAGUGCGGAUGAGAAGGCGAUCAAGAAGCAUUACCGAAAACUCUCUCUUUCUUUGCACCCUGACAAAGCCCGCGAGGACCCCGAGAAGAACAUUACGCAGCAAACUAUCAACGACCACUGGGUUGAUGUCACCAAGGCCUUCAAAGCUCUCACUGACGAGGAAAUUCGCAACAACUUUCUAACAUACGGACACCCCGACGGCAAACAGAGCUUCAGCAUCGGCAUUGCGCUCCCACAGUGGCUAGUUACCGAGGGAUCUGGCAAGUACGUCUUGCUGAUUUAUGCGCUCGCGCUUGGUGUCAUUCUUCCCUACACAGUUGGCAAGUGGUGGUAUGGAACCCAGAGGUUGACAAAGGAAAAGGUCUUGGUUGCAAGUGCUGGCAAGAUCUUCCGCGACUACGACAACGACCAAGGCGAGACGGGUGUCAUCUAUGCGCUGAGCAGCGGAGAAGAGUUUAACGACCUCCUUACUGGGCAAAAAGCAGAAAACGGCCUAUCCAAGUUGGAGCAGAAGGUUCUUUCUGAGAACUCCGGCUCGCUCAUUCCACAAACACUCACAUUGAAGGACCGCCAAAAGCUCGAUGAUCUGGAGGACAGCCGGAGACGCAAGGUUCUAACCUUGCUGUGGGCAUAUCUUGGCCGUGUUGAACUCGAGGAUGAGACCCUAAAUGAGGAAAAGUUCGCCGUCGCACCUAUCGCAUUCCGUUUGAACGAAGCAUAUGCCGCCAUUGCGCUGGCGUAUGGCAACACCACGGCAGUCCUAUCAGCAUACAGGACAUCCCAGAAUCUCAUUCAAGCUCUCCGACCAGGAUCCUCCCCACUAGAACAAUUGCCUUAUUUCACACCUGCUGUUGCAGAUGCGGCUGAAGCUGAGCGAUCAAGAACACAUCUUACCAUUCAAGAGUUCAUGCAAAUCCCAGACGCUCAACGCAAAGCACGCAUCGUAAAGUCCGGUCUCCUCUCCCAAGAACAGUACAGCACAGCCAUGUCUGUAGCCUCGCAGAUUCCUCUAUUUCAUCUCGAAAAGGCAUUCUUCAAGGUUGUUGGCGAGCGAUUUGUCACACCCAGCAGCUUAGUCCAGUUCGUACUCAAGGGUCGUUUCAUUCCCUCAGGCGCCACCAACGUUCCUGAGGUCAACCCGAAAGAUCUUCUUGAUAUUGAUCCUGCGGAAGGCGAUGUCGCGGCGAUUACGGGACGUAAGAACGACAACACUAGUGACAAACCCAUUCAGCCACCUCUAGCACACGCUCCAUACUACGCCCGGGAUCACGCACCAAGAUGGCACGUAUUUCUUGCAGACAGCAAACAAGGGCGCAUUGCAGUGCCUCCCUUCACAUUUUCAACGUUUGACAAGCCAAUUCUUGAUGAGAGUGGUAAGCCUACAUUCAAUGUACAAACACUCAAGAUGCAAUUCGGCGCCCCUCCACAGCCUGGUAGUUAUACCUUCGUCAUGCACUUGAUCUGCGAUAGCUAUGUUGGCAUGGACACCAAGAUGGAGGUUACGCUGGUUGUCGAGGACGCCAGCAAAGCCGAACAGGUCGAAGAGGAGGAAGAGAUCAGCGAGCCAGAAGAAGAUUCCAUUGCUGGCCAGAUGCGUCAAAUGAAGACUGGUGGUGCGCCAAUCAAGAAGCGGAAAUCAGCAGCCGAUGACUCCAGUGGCAGCGACACCGAGGGUGAUGUGGAUUCCGAGAGCGAGACUGAUACUGACACGGACUCGGACGAUGAGUAGAUUGUUUUGUUCUUCUAGAUGAAUUGUAAUUCACAGGAUAUUCUCAUGUGCAGACCCAAGCAAGGAGAUGGAAGCGAAACGCAUAGGCUAACGGCUGGCAUUCGUUCCUACUCGGCUUGGGGCCAGCUGCCGUUGCAGGCAUUUGCAGGCGUUUUCGGAGACAGGGGCAAUUUGUGACUUUAGGGACUACCAUGUUAUGCUUUUAGAUGAAGUUUCUAUCGCUAAAGGGGAGGGGUUGAGAGGGACACCAGGCGUGUAGUAAAUGAUGUGUACAUAGGGAUGGCAUUCGGCAAAAUCUCAACCUCAUGACUUUUGAAGUUACUUUUCCUUUCUCCU